CCAACCAGGUCACGAGCUAUAAUUGACCAUGUCAUUGAAAGAUAAGACAAUAAUACAGGAAUCUAUUGCGCUUUUCAUGGAACUUAUGAACUAUGAUGAUCGCCAUUGUUAUACUGUCUCUAGUGUGUUUGGCUGCCACGCAGACUCCAGUAUGUGAAGAUAAAACGAGCACGUGUCCCCAGUACGGGCGCACUGUGUGUGCGGCGCCAUAUGAUGGGUGGGCGCGGCAGAACUGCGCCCUCUACUGUGGCUUCUGUACAGCUUCUACCUCUAUACCGAAGACAACUGUGUCAGCCAAACCGGAACCGUGCGAGGACAGGAUCAGUAACUGUGUAGACUAUGGACACGAUGUUUGCAAUAAUGCGACCCUCUCUCCCUGGGCCGCGCACAACUGCCGCUAUUUCUGUCGACAGUGCACAUCAGAACAAUUAGCAAUGGCAGACCUACACCCCUUCAAGAUCGACUGCAGGAACAAGCGAAGCAACUGUGCAGAUUAUGGUCCAAGUAUCUGUAAGGAUCCAUACCAGAAGUGGGGACGGGAGUAUUGUCCUCUCUACUGUGGAUUUUGUACAGACUGCAGAGACAAAAGGAGCAACUGUGCUGAUUAUGGUCAAAACGUUUGCAAAGAGCCGUAUUAUAAAUGGGGACGGGAAUAUUGUCCGAAGUAUUGUGGACACUGCAAUGUUUCUUCCACUACUCAAAUGUUGACCACCCAACCUACGGCGACACCAGUAUCUAAAACACCGGCAAUUAAAACUCCUACCACUCAAAAACCUACGACACGACCACCAAGACCUACCACUACCACCCAAAAACCAACAACACCUACACCAAGACCUACCACUACCACCCCAAAACCCACAACACCUACAACAAGACCUUUCAUUACCACUCCAAAACCUACAACACCUACACCAAUACCUACCACUUCAGCUGUAUUAACCACAACUUCAACUGCUUCCACUACUACUGCGACUGAAGCACCUUGCAUUGACAAAAGACAGGAUUGCAGUGAUUAUGGCCAGAGUAUCUGCAGCAAUUCAGUAUAUCUAGCCUGGACACUGCAAAAUUGCCGCUAUUUCUGUAGAAAAUGCACACCUGAACAGUUAGCCAUUGUUGAUUCAAAGACUACAACCAUACCACCUGCACUUUGUGUUGAUAAAGUGGACAACUGUCAAACAUACUCUCUUACCGUUUGUACUCAGUAUCGGACAUGGGCAAGGGAAAACUGUUUAAAUUACUGUGAUUUUUGCCAAGGAAAUGGACCCAAGUGCGUUGACAAAAUUUCUAACUGCAACGCUUACGGUGCCGAUGUUUGUACACAGCCGCAGUAUCGCGCAUGGGCAGCAAGCAAUUGCAAAUCGUUUUGUCAACUGUGUAAUGGGCAAAAUUCAACGACCGUUCAGCCUUAACACCAAUAUGACGUGCAAAUAAAGGAUAACGUAAAUGUUAUUAAAGGAAAAUGUAAAAUUAUCAAGUUAUGCAUCUAUUAUGAACUUGAAUGACGACAAUUUUGGAGGACGAUAACACAUGAGACCACAUGCUUCAUUAUAUAAUUAACUCUUAUUCGUUUAUGUGAAGAUCGAUCUAUUGAGAGCGAUUAUGAGAAAAUAACGCGUUAAAAAAGGAAAAAAUGACUUUGGUUUAAAUUUUUAGAUAUUAUUAUACAGUCUCUAGGAGUUAAAACAAAUUAUUCGUUUAAUAUUUAGCACAAGCGUAUUUUCUUAUGUUUUAUAACGAUUACACGUCUUUGAUGCAUACACAUGUACAUGCGUUUGGAUUUCAAUAUUGAUUAAAUACAUUCUAGCACUCGUUGCU